UCUGUUUCUAGCCUACGGAUUUCCAACUUCCUCUUGCCCUAUCACUGGAACUCCCUACGUCAUCUGUCUCCGACUCUCAGAGUCCUGACCAAACUUUCAGACGCUGAUCCGGAAUCUAUGCGGCACACGCUUCCCUGCAGAUUCUCAGCUGUGUCUCUGUCAUAGUGCCAGACGCCGCUUCGGUUGAAUCACCGCACACGCUUCCCUGCUGUUCAGCUCCGCUUAUCUCAGCACUCUCAGAGUUAGUACGCUGUACUCCGGACUACCCCACUAAACACGGCCAGAGCACUGAGAGAUAUCAGGUAUUGAUGUAACUGGAGUGAGUAAGGGAACCUUCUUCCUGAGCACAGACAUUGGCGCUUGUUAUCAGCAUGAACUCAUAUGUGUUAGACAAACACGUGAAUAGUUCAUAUCCAUCCUUCACUAUAGAAAACAUCAGAAUGAUACCACAAACCCCAAAAAUCUUAGACACCAAUGACUAUUCACAAACAUGGGGGAUAUCACAAAAGAUAUUAAAAGACAGUGAAUUGGCAGGAGCUGGGCAGCAAUCAUUAUGUACAGAGAGUAAUUUAGUAAUCAAACAAGAGGAAAACAUUUAUGAGUUAUCUAGUGAAAUUAUUAUCCCAGAUGAUAAAUCACACACAUUUACUGAGUUUUCAAAACAUAUUAAAGAAGGGAAAAGUCCACAGUCUAACCAAAGGAUUCAUACAAAGGAGAAACCUUUCAAAUCUACAGAAUGUGAGAAAAUCUUUAGAUGGAAGUCUUAUCUACUAGAACACAACAAACCACACACAUAUACUGAGUGCGGCAAAUGUUUUAUACAAAGUAAUCAUCUGGAAACUCAUAAAAAGAUUCACACAGGAGUAAAGCCUUUCACAUGUACAAAGUGUGGAAAAAGUUUUACAGAAAAAAGGAAUCUGAAAACUCAUGAAAAGAUUCACACAGGAGAAAAGCCUUUCUCAUGUACAGAGUGUGGAAAAUGUUUUAAAGAGAAACGUCAUCUGAAAACUCACGAAAUGAUUCACACAGGAGAAAAGCCUUUCUCAUGUACAGAGUGUGGAAAAUGUUUUACAGAAAAACGUUAUCUGAAAACUCAUAAAAUGAUUCACACAGGAGAAAAGCCUUUCUCAUGUACAGAGUGUGGAAAAUGUUUUACAGAAAAACGUAAUCUGAAAACUCAUGAAAUGAUUCACACAGGAGAAAAGCCUUUCACAUGUACAGAGUGUGGAAAAAGUUUUAUACAAAACAGUGAACUGAAAACUCAUGAAAGGAUUCACACAGGAGUAAAGCCUUUCACAUGUACAGUGUGUGGAAAAAGUUUUAUACAAAAGAGUGAACUGAAAAAGCAUGAAAUGAGUCACACAGGAGAAAAGCCUUUCGCAUGUACAGAGUGUGGAAAAAGUUUUACACGAAUAACAAGUCUGAAAAAUCAUGAAAAGAUUCACACAGGAGAAAAGCUGUUCACGUGUACAGAGUGUGGAAAAUAUUUUCCAGAAAAGAGUAAUCUGAAAAGGCAUGAAAGGAUUCACACAGGAGAAAAGCCUUUCACAUGUACAGAGUGUGGAAAAAGGUUUACACAAAAGUGUGAUCUAAAAAAGCAUGAAAUGAGUCACACAGGAGAAAAGCCGUUCACAUGUACAGAGUGUGGAACAAGUUUUACACAAAUAACAAGUCUGAAAACUCAUGAAAGGAUUCACAUAGGAGAAAAGCUGUUCACAUGUACAGAGUGUGAAAAAUAUUUUCCAAAAAAGAGUAAUCUGAAAAGGCAUGAAAGGAGUCACACAGGGGAAAAGCCUUUCACAUGUACAGAGUGUGGAAAAAGGUUUACACAAAAGUGUGAUCUGAAAAAGCAUGAAAUGAGUCACACAGGAGAAAAGCCGUUCACAUGUACAGAGUGUGGAAAAGGUUUUACACUUAUGAAUAAUCUGAAAACUCAUGUAAGGAUUCACAAGGGAAGAAACCUUUCACAUGUUUAGAAAGUGGAAAAAAGGUUUUUACUGAAAUCCGGUAUCACAAAACACUAAAUAUUUACACACAAAUAAACUUUAUAUACACAUUGUACAAACCUUUUUACAAUUAUCCUAAAGAGGACAAACUCUCUAAAUAGAAGCAUCAAAAAGGAUCCUAUUGUAAAUAAUACUUUCUAAAUCCCAGUUAUAAAAGCCCCAGAUUGGAAGUGCUCUCCUGCUGUCCUUUGUUCCUCUAUAUAUGUGCACCUCAGUUUCUCUCAUAUCAAUGUGAUAGAAUCCAAACACCACACAGGAAUAUACAGAUCUGUCCUCAUACUGACCAGUUUACACAACCAUUCACCACCAAAGCAUCCCCAGUGUUGUUUAUUAAUGUGCCAGUGUUAGGAGUUGUACGUUUGUUUUACAUAGGGGAGGAAAUAAUUACAUUAACAGAAUAAAGGAGACUUUAUAUGAAGAGUGUUGAAGAAUUAUAUGAACAAGAACAUCAGUCUCAAAUUAUUGACAUCUGGGAGAUAUAUUUAAUGUGCCCAUCAUGUGGAUAAACCUUUUCUUAUAGCAAUAGAUGCUUAGCAUUGUACAUGUUAUAUAGCAGAGGAAUUACUGAGGGGAAACUGAUUUUAUUUCAUGGGACACAAUAUCAGUAACCGGUACAUACGUGAUUAUAAUCAGUUUAAUUUAAAUGGCUACUAUAACCUACAUGUAUACUGGGUAUGUAAUAUGUGUGUCAUGUGAUCAUAAUCAGUUUAAUUUAAAUGGCUACUAUAACCUACACAUAUACUGGGUAUGUAAUAUGUGUGUCAUGUGAUCAUAAUCAGUUUAGUUUAAAUGGCUACUAUAACCUACAUGUAUACUGGGUAUGUAAUAUGUGUGUCAUGUGAUCAUAAUCAGUUUAAUUUAAAUGGCUACUAUAACCUACAUGUAUACUGGGUAUGUAAUAUGUGUGUCAUGUGAUCAUAAUCAGUUUAAUUUAAAUGGCUACUAUAACCUACAUGUAUACUGGGUAUGUAAUAUGUGUGUCAUGUGAUCAUAAUCAGUUUAAUUUAAAUGGCUACUAUAACCUACAUGUAUACUGGGUAUGUAAUAUGUGUGUCAUGUGAUCAUAAUCAGUUUAAUUUAAAUGGCUACUAUAACCUACAUGUAUAUUGGGUAUGUAAUAUGUGUGUCAUGUUCUGUAACUUGAUAUUAUGUCUGUUAUAUGUUUUCAUGUUAGUUAGAAGCCACAAGAACUGAUAAUAGCACCUACUGUAUAUAUAAAGGGAACAUUAUAUGUCUGAUAAAUCCCUUUGUAUCAAGAGCACAAGUGUUAGGUAUAUUUAUACCAUUGUGUGCAUAUAUCAUGUAAUGCUGCUUUUUACUAUAUAGUGAUAUACAAAGUGUUUCAUGCAAAUAAAAAGUGAUUGUAAUCCA